CACAGCGUUACGAUUCUCUUGGUUCUACCGCCGUUCUACCCAACGUUCCUGUUCCGUUUUGGCCGCUUCACAUAUAUUCGUAUUCGCUGAGAGCUGAAAUUCGCGGCGAAAUAAUAUUAGCAACUUGUUAUCCGUCCAUGCCAUGCGCGAUAAAAUAUCACAACUAUUUUGCUUGCAAAAAACCGCAUGCAAAAAUAAUAAUUCAACAGAUAAUAGAGGACAUAAUGUGCCAACAAAAGCAACGAGCAACGGGACCAUGUGCGCCAAUGGGUCUCUUGGGACAGAAGGGCCCGAAGCGACAGAGACCGACGCAUCAGGGACCGGGAGGAUGCGGAAGCCGCUGGAGAGGAAUGGCUCAACGCAGAACCACGUUGUUCACCUCGAGAGAAGGCUGGGCCUCUUCAGUGGGGUGGCUUUAAUUGUUGGAACCAUGAUAGGGUCUGGAAUUUUUGUGUCACCCUCCGGUUUACUGGUUCGCACUGGUUCCGUUGGAGUUAGCUUUAUAAUCUGGCUUGCCUGUGGUCUGCUCUCGCUGCUGGGCGCUCUGGCUUACGCUGAACUUGGCACGAUGAACACAUCGUCGGGGGCGGAGUGGGCGUACUUUAUGGAUGCCUAUGGACCGGCGCCGGCGUUUCUGUUCUCAUGGGUAUCGACAUUGGUGUUGAAGCCAUCUCAAAUGGCUAUAAUAUGCUUAUCAUUUGCACAGUACGCCGUUGAGGCCUUUGUGACUGAAUGCGACCCGCCCAGGGGCGUGGUCAAGAUGGUAGCCCUGGUGGCAAUUGUGAUGAUUCUGUUCGUGAACUGCUACAGCGUUAACCUGGGUAUGGCCGUGCAGAAUAUAUUCACUGCCGCCAAGCUGGUGGCCGUGGUGGUGGUUAUCUGCGGCGGCGCCUAUAAGCUGAUGCAGGGCAACACACAGCAUUUGUCGAAUGCAUUUAAUGGCCCGAUGCCGAACGUGGGCGCAAUUGCCACGGCCUUUUAUACGGGACUGUGGGCCUACGACGGCUGGAAUAAUCUCAAUUAUGUCACCGAGGAGAUCAAGAAUCCCAGCAAGAAUCUACCGCGCUCAAUCAUCAUCGGUAUACCGCUGGUGACGCUCUGCUAUGCUCUGAUUAACAUCUCUUAUCUGGCGGCCAUGUCGCCCCAGGAGAUGAUCGAAUCGGAGGCGGUGGCCGUCACCUUUGGCAAUCGCAUACUCGGAGCCCUCGCCUGGCUCAUGCCACUCAGCGUCACCAUUAGCACUUUUGGUAGUGCAAAUGGCACGCUCUUUGCAGCUGGACGUCUGUGCUUUGCGGCCAGUCGAGAGGGUCACCUGCUGGAUAUACUCUCCUAUGUCCAUGUGCGCCGCCUCACACCCGCCCCAGGCCUGAUAUUCCACUCGCUGAUUGCCUCGGCAAUGGUGCUCCACGGCACAAUUGAUUCGCUGAUUGAUUUCUUCAGCUUCACCGCCUGGAUAUUCUACGGUGGCGCUAUGCUGGCUCUGAUCGUGAUGCGCUACACCAAACCCAACUAUCCACGGCCGUACAAAGUGCCGAUCAUCAUUCCCGUUGUGGUCUUGGUCAUAUCCAUCUAUCUCGUGGCGGCACCCAUAUUCGAGACGCCGCGCAUUGAGUAUCUGUAUGCCCUGCUCUUCAUCUUUGCGGGCCUAAUCUUCUACGUGCCAUUCGUGAAGCUGGGCAUGACGCCGAGGUUUAUGAACAAGGUGACCCUGUUCUUCCAGCUACUGCUGGAGGUGGUGCCCACCUCAUCGAUGGCCAUGUUCGAGUGAAGCUUGCCCCGGGAUGUGCUCAAGGUGGGACUGGGGUCAUCAGACCUAGAGGAAGGAAUGAAGCAAAUAUACAUUCGCUUAUUUACUAUACAAGGAUAUAUUAGGAGUGAAGCAUUGACAGAAUACAAGGGGAUCGAUGACUAGGAAUAGAGAGAGAUGAAGAGAGGAUCUGUCGUGGAACUAUAAGAGCAACCUAUAUUGAUAUAUUGACGUUGUCGUUGACAAAAAAUGUAAUGCUAGAGAAAAACGGAAACUAUUCGAAAUAGUCUUUUUACGCUAUGAGCUGGUUACAUUCAAAGAUUAUAUUUGCGUAUACAGAUACUGAUUAGUAUGGAUACAUGUGUAUAUCUUUAAGAAUUGUAUGUAGCGCGCAUAGGCCAAGUUGCAUAGUUGAUACGUACGUAUUUACAAACAAUACAAAUCUAUAUAUACAUACAUACAUAUAUUUUUAUGUUUUAGUACUUAAAGAUAAAAAAAACACAAAAAACAAAAACAAAAAUCAAAUGACAAAACACACGCAGUUGUUAAGACCCUAUUGAUUUUAUGUAUGUAAAGAAAUAUGUAGGGGAUCCGAAGGAAAAAGUAUGGCGUAAGGCGCUAGAGAUUUCACUGUCUAAAAACGAGAGAUUUCAAAUCGCUAUAGUGUUUUUGUGGGGACUAGAGAUUUGAGGUACAGCAAGGGAAUCGAGAACUCCACCCAAACGGAAGGCAAUAUAAAGCUCUAGGAACCAGCUUGACAAAAUUCGUAUGGCGCUACGCAUCUUAUGCUUUAUAUUGUCUUUGACCAAUCCGUACAGUACCCACCUAAAAAAAAAAAAAACUACACACCGACAACAAUACUCGCCGGCAGAGCUUUUCGGUUUUUCUCCCCGACGUUGAUUCUCCCGUUUGCUUUUUAGAUAUACCCGCAUUAUGCAUAGGUGUUUAACGAUCCAGAGAUCGGUUGGAAUAGCAAUAUUUAUAUAGCAACUAACUCGGCUGAUGGGGAUUAAAUACAAAAAGAAAAAACGAGGACAAAAGCCAAAAUAAAAAGAAGAAAAAAAAAUAAACCCCAAACUGAAUGUUUCGAACUUUGAUGCGCCAAAGACGCCGCCUGUUAAAUUUUGUAGGACUGCAACUUAAGAUUUGUAAUUGAUACCAAAAAGUAAAAACAAAACACAGAAAAAUGCUAACAAAAAAAUAGAAAAAAAUGUCAACUAAAAGAAAACGAAAAACAAAAGCAAGAGCAAACAAAAAUACUACUAAGAAUACUUGUUAAAUACAUAGUUUUUUUUUUUUUUUUUUUUUUUUUUGCUUCGUCUGUAGAGAGUUUUGAGACAACAAAGCUUAGAGGUAUAUUUUUAUGAAUAUUAUUAUUAUUAUUACAUCCUAUUUUUUGGUUUUUAUACCCCAUUUUUAUUUCGAAUUAUUCAUUUUUCGUCAUCACUUUGUGCGAGUUAGAAAAAGACAGUAGAUGCUGGUGCCGCCUCGCUCGCAACCGUAUAAUUUAUAAAUUUUUAGCUAUUAUUCUGUUUAUUUUUUCACCUCCUGCUGUCCUUGAGCAGCAUCCCUUAAAGUCUGGGCAUGAGUGUCCUUGGUAUAUAUCCUUUUCUUUUCCCCCCCGAGUACCGGUUUUUUGUUCAUAUUGUUCCUUGAAGCUGACACCCGAAAAGGCUCACUCACAGACUCACCAAGACAUGACGGAAAAGAAGCUGACAGGGUCUGAACCGAUUUACAAAUAAAAGAAAAACAUAUAGAUACUUAAAUACAUAUACCUGUACCCUUUUAUAGGGAUAGCACAGAACUUACACAUAUACUAUAUAUUUAUAUAAUUUGUUAAGUUUAUAAAUUUGUAUUCCCAACUAUUUAAAAUGAGUUAAACGGAGUUAAACCAGAACAAAUCGAAAAUCUCUAUCUAUACAUGUACCUACCACCUAAUGACUAAAGAAUUGUAUUAUGUAAACAAAAAUUGAAGAAAUAAAGUUUUUGAAACACA